AUGGCUGAGGAUCUGGAAAGAAGGCAGCCAAAGAAAGAGGAGCACCUGGUUCUCAAAGCUGCUAAAAGUGACUCAAGCCGUGAUGAAUCUGAUAUUUCGUAUCUCACUCAAAGAUUUCAAAAGAUGGUUCGAAGAAAUGAUGGGGUCCCAAACAAAGGAAGCUCUAGUAGGAACUGCAAAGGAAAUGUUUGUUGUCAUAAGUGUGAGAAGCCUGGACACUUCAUUAAAGAGUGUCCUCUUCAUAAGCAGGAUUAUUACAGAAACAACUCUGAAAAGGCGGCUAAGAGGAACCAGGUCCCUGGCAAGAAACUCAACAGAAGAGAUGUUGCUGAUAAUAACUCUAUUGCAAGCUCUAGCUUCCUGGGGAGACUUCUCCAGUAA